UCGCGCCGGUCGCUGCCUAUUUUUAGAAACUCUUUUUUUCGGCCGUUCGGGUAGUCCCGGGAGCCGGAGUAACUCCCGGCACCCUGCCCCCUCACCUUCUCUCCACCCGGGCCUGCCGCCCUGGGUCCCGGCAGCCCUGGCGUUCCUUGCCCGCCUCCUCCUCGCGGGUCGGACGUGGGCCGGGAGUUGGCGGGGUGGGCCCGCGCCCGCUCGGAAGUUGGAGUCUUUUGUGUUCGCGCCCCGCCCCGCCCGGCGAGGGGAGGAGGGGGGAGCGGAGGCCGCGCUGGGGAGGCCUCGGGCGGGCCGGGUCCCGGCUCUGGCCUCGGCCCCGGGUUUCUUCCGGCUCUCCCUCUCGGGCUGGGUCUGCGGGUUCCUGGAGGCGAUCAAAACUGGUCCCGCCUCGCUCCCUACUGGCCUGAGCGCCUCCUCGGCCCCCCUUUCCCGGUCCUGGGCUUGUUGCACACCUUGGGCUCAUAGAGGAACAACAGCAGGCCCUCGAGCUGGGGCCGUGUUCCGCGCUUCACGCAGCCUUUUCGCCGCCGAGCCUCAGUUUGCCUUUCAGUGAACAGGGAGAAAGAAUGUCGCCUCGCAGGGUGUUUGUGGAUUCAGGGAGGAAACUAAUGUGUGCGAGAAGUGUUUAAUGCCAGCAGGUAACAUUUAAUGGACUUGACUCAGGAACUUCGCAAGCCUUAUUUCAUAGAAUGCUCACGACGGCCUUCUGAGGUUAUCCCCAUUUACAAAAGCAGCAAUCAAGGCGCAGAGAGGUUAAGUAAUGUGUUCUAAAUCACAGAAGCUGAUGGAUGCAGAGGACUCCAGAUCUCAAGCACAACUGAAGUUCCCUGGGGUUUUGGCUCAGGGAAGGUAAAGUAUGAUCACAGGAGAUUUAGGCUCCAGAGAUGGAGAGAGGACAUUCUGUGCAACGGGAACAACUUGAGCGGAAACACAGAUGAGCAACUAGAUCAAGCAGCAUCCAUAUUCCAGCUAAUGAGCAGAGUGGGGAGGACAUGUCCCAUAAUUUGGGGGUUGGUGAUACCUUCUCAUAGUCUCCUGGAGCAGGUGGAAAAGGUGAGCCCUCUUCCCUGAGACAGUUGGUGCUGACCCUGUAACGCAAAAGAGGAAAUUGCUGGCUGAGCUCAGCCUUGGUACUGGUGAGUGAGAGUGCCUAGGCAAACUCUGGGCAAACUUGGGCCAAGAUACAAGGUGGCCACCAUGUCCUUGAAGAUCCAGACAAGCAACGUAACCAACAAGAAUGACCCCAAAUCCAUCAACUCUCGGGUUUUCAUCGGAAACCUCAACACAGCUGUGGUGAAGAAGUCUGAUGUGGAGACCAUCUUCUCCAAGUAUGGCCGUGUGGCCGGCUGUUCUGUGCACAAGGGCUAUGCCUUUGUCCAGUAUGCCAAUGAGCGCCAUGCCCGGGCAGCUGUGCUGGGAGAGAAUGGGCGGGUGCUGGCUGGGCAGACCCUGGACAUCAACAUGGCUGGAGAGCCAAAGCCCAACAGACCCAAGGGGCUAAAGAGAGCAGCAUCUGCCAUAUACAGUGGCUACAGCUUUGACUAUGAUUACUACCGGGACGACUUCUACGCCAGGCUCUUCGACUAUCGGGGCCGCCUGUCACCAGUGCCAGUGCCCAGGGCAGUCCCUGUGAAGCGACCCCGGGUCACAGUCCCCUUGGUCCGACGUGUCAAAACCACCAUACCUGUCAAGCUCUUUGCCCGCUCCACAGCCAUCACCACCACCGGCUCAGCCAAGAUCAAGUUAAAGAGCAGUGAGCUGCGUACCAUCAAGACAGAGCUGGCCCAGAUCAAGUCCAACAUCGAUGCCUUGCUGGGUCGCUUGGAGCAGAUUGCCGAGGCGCAGAAGUCCAAUCCAGAUGGCAAAAAGAAGGGCGAGAGUGGCAGUGGCAGUGGCAGCGCCAUCGGCAGUGGCAGUGGCAGUAGUGGUGGCAGCAGCCGGCCACCGGCCCCCCAAGAGGACACAGCUGCUGAGGCAAGCAUGCCCCAGGGAGAAGCAAAGGCUCGAGACGACGGUGAUGAGGAGGGGCUGCUAACACACAGCGAGGAAGAGCUGGAGCACAGCCAGGACACAGAUGCGGAGGAUGGGGCCUUGCAGUAAGCAGUCUGACAGGAGCAAUGGCCACCAGCAGGAGAAGGGCGUACACUGUACCAGGCCUCAAGCAGGGCACCCACCCCUGGAUAACCACCCCCAGCGGGUCCCAGAGGAGAGCUGGCAGCAGGCACCACCUCCCUCACAGGUCCCAGCCAGUGCCACAUUCUCUGCAGAUGGAGUUAUCAGCAUCCCCUUCUCAUGUACCCUCCCUCCCUGUUGGCACUGCCCAGGCCAGAGGGCAAAGAACAGAGUUUCCCUACACUCUGCUUCCCCUCCCCAGGACACUCCCAGGCUUGGGGUUUUUCUAUAGGUUUGGAGGAGGGUGGGGCCCACAGGGAGGGGACCCUGACAAUAAAGAGAUUGGAUCCCAA